CGACGUAGAUGAACUGGCAACAAAAGUAGAUACUGUAAGCCAAGGUCUUGACAAAGUUACAGAAUUGACCAAUAAGAUGGAAUCUCUACUCAAAGCAAAUCAAAAGCAAGGCCUUGACACAAUUACAGAAUUGGCCAGUAGGAUUGAAUUUCGGCUCACAGCAAUUCAACAUGAGUUGGAAAAUCUAAAAAAUAUCACGGAAGAUGCGAUUAUAUGCGAGGGUUUAAAAGGUCACAUCCAGUGUUCCCCAGGCCAGAAGAUAUCCGUGUACAACGCCAACUAUGGACGAACAAACAACGGAACUAUCUGUCCCCCUGGACCAACAUCAAACCCUAACUGCCGUGCAGCAGACUCCUACACAAGCAUAUAUAAUGCUUGCAACAAUAAACAGCGAUGCGACUUGGCCGCAAACAAUAGAGUGUAUGGAGAUCCGUGCCCUGGAACGUACAAAUACAUCGAAGUAAAGUUCGCCUGUUUGUGGGAAUAA